CAGGGAGGUGUCCGUGGCGGGAGGGUUGCAGCCAUGUCGGCCAGGACGGCUGGUGGGGGGCGCUGGGAGGUGGUGAAGAAGGGGCGGCGGCCUGGGGCCGGCGGCAGUGGUAAAGGCGGCGGAGGGGACCGCCGGGCGCUCGGGGAGGCGAACGGAGUGUGGAAGUACGACCUGACCCCUCCAAUCCAGACGACAAGCACCCUGUAUGAGCGGGGCUUUGAGAAAAUCAUGAAGCGGCAGAAUAAGGAGCAGGUUCCACCCCCUGCUGUGGAGCCUAAGAAACCGGGGAACAAGAAGCAGACUAAGAAGGUGGCCACGCUCACCAACCAGAACCAGAAGCAGGGCCGCUUUCGCAGCCUGGAGGAGGCACUGAAAGCUCUGGACCUGGCAGCUCUGCAGAAGGAACUGGACAAGAGCCAAAGCGUGUUCUCUGGGAACCCAUCUGUGUGGUUGAAGGACCUGGCCAGCUAUCUCAACUACAAGCUCCAAGUACCUCCAAGUGAACCCACAUUAAGCCAGCAUACUCACGAUUAUCCCUACAGCCUGGUGAGCCGGGAGCUGCGUGGGAUCAUCCGAGGGCUACUGGCGAGGGCAGCGGAGUCUGUGGAGCUCUUUUUUGACCACUGUCUAUUCACCAUGCUACAAGAGCUGGAUAAGACGCCAGGGGAGUCACUACACGGUUACCGCAUCUGUAUCCAGGCCAUUCUGCAGGACAAGCCCAAGAUCGCCACCAUGAACCUGGGCAAGUUCCUGGAACUGCUGAGGUCCCACCAGAGCCGACCAGCAAAGUGUCUGACCAUCAUGUGGGCCCUGGGUCAAGCAGGUUUUGCCAAUCUCACCGAGGGACUGAGAGUGUGGCUGGGGAUCAUGCUGCCUGUGCUGGGCAUCAAGUCUCUGUCUCCAUUCGCCAUUGCAUACCUGGAUCGGCUGCUCCUGAUGCACCCCAACCUCACCAAGGGCUUUGGCAUGAUUGGCCCCAAGGACUUAUUCCCACUUCUGGACUUUGCCUAUAUGCCCAACAACUCCCUGACUCCCAGCCUGCAGGAGCAGCUGUGUCAGCUUUACCCACGACUGAAGGUGCUGGCAUUUGGGGCGAAGCCGGAAUCCACCCUGCACACCUACUUCCCCUCCUUCCUGUCCAGAGCCACCCCUGGCUGCCCUCCGGAGAUGAAGAAAGAGCUCCUGAGCAGCCUGACCGAGUGCCUGACGGUGGACCCCUUCAGCACCAGCGUCUGGAGGCAGCUGUAUCCCAAGCACCUGUCACAGUCCAGCCUGCUGCUGGAGCACUUGCUCAGGUCCUGGGAGCGGAUUCCCAAGAAGACACAGAAGUCUUUGCAAGAAACCAUUCAGUCCUUCAAGCUCACCAACCAGGACCUGCUAGGGAAGAGCAGCUGCAGAAACCAGGAUGUCAUCACCUGUGACGCGGCCUGCAAGAGUCUGCUGCAGCAGGCACGGGGCCUCUGGCUGCCCUGGACGCGGCUGCUCCUGUUGGUGCUGGUCUUUGCCGUAGGUUUCCUGUGCCAUGACUUGCGGUCACACAGCUCUUUCCAGGCCUCCUUUUCUGGCCGGUUGCUUCAUUCAUCCGGUGUCUUGCCUGCUGGCCAACAAGCAUGUACCAAGAUCUACUCCUACAGCCUGCAAGGCUACAGCUGGCUGGAGGAGACAUUGCCGGCCUGGGGUUCCCACUUGCUGGCCAUGGUGAGGCCCAGCUUGCAGCUGGCCUGGGCCCACACCAGUGCCACAGUCAGCUUCCUUUCUGCCCACUGUGCCUCCCACCUUGCCUGGUUCGGUGACAGCCUCACCAGCCUCUCCCAGAGGCUACAGAUCCAGCUCCCUGAUGCCCUGAACCAGCUGCUCCAUUCUCUGAGGGAGCUGCUCCUGUUUCUUUACCAGAACAUCCUGCUGCCCACGUGGCACAUGCUGCUUGAGGCCCUGGCCCGCGUCCAGGAGCACUGCCAUGAGGCUUGCAGAGGUGGGGUGACCUGGGACUGCGUGAAGACACAGCUCAGUGAGGCUGCCCACCAGACCUGGCUCUGCCUACAGGACACCACAGUGGCCUUCUUGGACUGGGCACUUGCCAUGAUAUCCCAGAAGUAGGCCCUGCCUCCCUGGCUGCUGGGUUCUGUCUGGAGCAGACCAUCUGAGACUGCUGGCGGGGAGAGGGUGGCAGUUCUGCAUGGGAGUCUUUGUUACAUGGUGCCUGAGUUCUGUCUCCUAGGCAAAUGGUUGGCUGCCUCUGCCUCAGUUCUUCCACUUUGGCAGCAGCUGAGCCCAGGGGUAUCUCAGCCUCCUACCCACGAUUCCACUGAGCACUGCUCUACCCGAUUGCACACAGCUCCCAGCCUCUGUCCUUGGGCUGGUAAGCCUCUCUCGCCUCCUCUCUUGUCUCCUGCUCUCCACUUCCUUCUCUCUCAUUCCUGAAACCUCAAACAGCUCAUCUCCAAAAAGGUGGGACUCCAGCAAGUGGUUUCUGCCUUCUUCUGACAAAUGAUUCCUGCUCCCAGACUUCAGCCGCAGCAGAAAAAAGAAAGGGACCUCCAGAAGGAUCCAGAAGAAUAUAGCACCUCAGUGGGUGGCAGCAGCUUCGCCUGUACCCACACCCUGGGUGUGGCUGUCAGUGGACAUGGAGGCCUGGGUGGAAAGGCCUCUCACCUCAAAAUGCUCAACUUAGCUCCUUCAAGGCCCCUCACUGGCCCUUCCAUUGUGGUCCUACUUCCUCACUCUCCAUUCCCCUUCAGUGCUGGGGGAUCUCUGCCUCAGUGUUCAGCCUUUCUCUGCUGCCCACCCCUACCAUCUGUCUGGAGAGCAGAGCCCAGGUAAUCAUGUGCCUUGGGCCCAGGGAACCUUCCAGCAGUCUGAUGAGACAGGAUGUGGCCCAUGGGUGGAAUACGCGGUGGAAUAAAGGACACAGGUUUGA